UAAUAAUUCGCGAUUAUUAAAAUCUCUUUCGAAAGAUUAUGAAUUUAAAUCAUAAAUCUGUAUCCCUUAACCCCAUAAAAUGAUAUUCUCACUCUGAACUAGAAUUAUUAUUCACGCGUACUCAAGAGUUCACUAGAUCCCGUCCCGCAGGAUGGGAAGAGACAGUAAUGGAGACGGCGGCCUUUCAUCCAGCCGCUUAACAUUGACGCGAUAAGCGACAGGCCAGAUUAUACGUGCGUACGGUGGCACGCACGCUAAUGCGGCCAUAAAGAUGUCGACGCAACAACAAUGGCGAGGCGGUGAUACAUUUUUACAACGUGAGCCUCGGACCGAAUUUACACCUUAAGCGACGGCGACUUGCGAGUCGGUUCUUGCGCGGAAACUCGUGAAAUUGUCAAGAGGCGACGACAGGAGUCUUUCAAGUAGCUGCGAGUCAUGAGAGGCGCAGAUAAGAGAGCACAGAUUAAGGCAUCUCCAGAACUCUUUUCAAGUACUUACAUAUGACGACUAUAUUUACCAGCUCGUUUUUCUUAUUGGCCGUUCGAUCAGUUAUCAGGACUCAAUGAGUUGUUUUAAGCAACAGUUUUAAGCGUCGAAGCAGGUCGCGAAGAAUCUUUAUAUCUUUUUCAUCCCUUUUUAUUUCGCUAUUGGAAUUUUUUUCGAUUUAGAACGAGAGUGGCUGAAAUAGUUAAUUCUGAGACACCAAAACUCACACUACGAGCGCUGAUAAUGUCUUUGAUUCGAAAAUUUAUCGUUGAAAGAGCCUGUAUAACUAUUCACGGGCAGUUUUUAGUAUUUGCACGACUCUCCCUCAAGUACAGAGCCAUCAAAACGUUCAUAAAGCCGCGCUUCGUCCGCCCAAUAAACCCUCUCUGUUGUCGCGGAUGCUAUACGCUAAUUUCCAGAUAUAGGCCGAUAAUGGACUUAAUCGCGCGCCACGUUGCGUGUGUCGAAUUAAUUGCGUGUCGUCGCGAUGUAUCUCGUAUCGUGACUGUAUCCGAUUCGGAUUGCAAGCGUAAAUUCACGAGCUCGUGAGGGCGAUCGUGUGUCGAAUGACUUGCAAACGAAACGCUAUCUCGUCAUUGACAAUUUCAUUCUGUGCACACACGUGCUUAAUAUCAUAUUUUACACAGAUUGUGAUUUAAUAUUGCAUAAAUUGUAUAGAUAUACGCGAUAAUUAGUUAGACGUAUUUAAGAAAUAAAAUUAUUUGUCGCAAACAAAGGAACAUUGUCUGUACAAAGAAAACAGGAUCAACACUAAUGAUUUUUAGGCAAUCUUUCUACAAUGAUUUUUCUGCAACAAUGAUCUUUCUACAAUAGAUCUAGUGAUCGUUAGACGCACUUUGAAGUAUGUGUGCGCAUCGGAGCAUCUUUUCGUCAUGAAACCAAUCCUGGCCAUGUCAUUUGAUGUCCUGUCACGAUUUCAUUGUGCAAUGAUUUGCGCGCCCGCGUGUCCGCGUAUGGCAAAUUAAGGGGGGAAAGGGGCCGUAGGUUUCACAUAAAAUAACAUUACAACGCACAUACGAGUAAAUUAGUCGGUUAAUCAAACCAUUUAAUCAGUGGCAUGAUCGCGACCACAUCUGGCCAAGCUGUUCACGCCAAUUAUCUUUCGUUCUCCCCCGUCUCCUCCUAUCUUCUUCCCCCACUACCAUCGCCUUAUGCGCGCACAAUCACGUGUAUGUACAUACUGAUGUAACUAGAGAGGGUGAGGGAAGCAAAGAAAAAAAGAUGAAGAGCAAAGAUCCAAAAUUAAGCGUCUGAUUUAGUCAUCAGCAACUUCAAUCGGCCGUUCUGAGCGUGGUGCAUUGUUUCGAGACAAAAAUCGUUAGUACCAAGCUUUGCAAAUUACUUUGUGGCACAUUCGUACCGCAUCUUUUCCACGCAUUACACAAAUCUUGUUUUGAGUUGCAUUCUUGCCUUUUGUAAAAUGCAAAUGAGAUGUUAAAAAUGCAUUAUCAUUCUUCUUUUGAAGGGAUGAUGCUAAAUACAUGCUAAAACACAAACCUAUCUUUAGAAAUUGUUUAAAAAUGGGUCAUUAUUAUCUGCAGUUCAUUUGUCAAAUUCUUUCUCUCUCUCUUAAAGCCAUCGUUAAUAAUAAAAUUAGGCACAUCUAUUUCCUUUCAGAGUUCUUGCCAAAAAUCGCCAAUACGAAACUAUGCAAAUUACUUUUGCACAUUCAUUUGUAAUUCAUUGACAUUCAUUAAUCAUGUCAAGAAUUUUCACGAUACAUCAUAAAUCUUUUCUGUUUCUGAGUUUUUUUUAGUUUCAUUCUUUUUAGAAUAAAAAUAAAAUGAACUUUUCGUUUCAUUUUUUCUUUUUUCUACUUUUUCAAUCCAAUUUCUAUUAUCACUUUUUUGUUAUAGUUGUGAUUCAUUUACAGUUCUUUAUAAAUAUGGGUUUAAAAGAGAUUUUACACUUUGCAAGAAAUAAAUAGUGCAAUUUUAAGGUGGCAACAAAUUCAAUUAAAAUGUGGUCACGUCGUAAUGAAAAAUAAAGUUAGUUUAUUGAUGAAUUUAAUAUCUUUUCUUUUCCCGAUUAUAUUUAAAGCUUUGUGAGAACAUGUAUAGAUAUUAAUUGAAUCUAAUAUACAUUUAUGAUGUAUAUUGUUGGGGUCUUUAGUACUUCUAAUGAAGCUCCGCCUCCAUCGAGCAAAACGCAAUGAUUUGGACUUGGAGGUAGUAUUCCUACACAAGGAGGGACAAACCACUGCGAAUGCGCAGUGGUGGUACAAUUCUCAGUAGCGUACAUAUUUCACUGAAAUGAGGGAUAACGAUGAUUCUGUCACAAUAGAAAUAAAAAAUUUUGCAAGUGGUAUCAUGAUGAUUCUACUAAUUAAAUAAAACAAUUUUCAAAUGGUUAUAAUAAAACUUAAAAAUUUUUUACAUUUACAACUAACUUAUGAUGAAUACGUAACAGUAUUUAGUGUAGCAGUAAGAGAAAAUAAAUAUUAAUAUUUACAAUCCUCUUUCUGCAAUUUUUAAGAAUUUAUUUGAAGAUUUCAAGAAGCUUCUAGCUUAGAAAAAUGAUUGUCAUCAUCACACACCAUCUUCUAUUUUAUAUAUUAAAAAAUUUACAUUCAUGUCAAGCAAAAUUAAUUUUUAUUAUUAUGUAUACAAGAUUUACAAGUCUAAUAUAGCACUUAAUAUGUUGUAUAUCAUGGCAAUAUAAAUAUACAAAAAAGAAGAAAUAUAAACAUUUAUAUGAGCCAAGAGCCCAAGAAGUACCUUUGUAUCUAAGCACGAUUCUGUUAAGGUAGUCACGUGGAUCGUUAGGAGUAGGAGAUAGUGGGGAUAGGUGCAGGGUAGUGGGAAAAAUCUCCGUUUGGGAUCACUGCGCUGGAUGCUGCUAGAUACGUGUUGACCGUACAAUGUUAUAAGUCACAGUCGUGUUCGGUCCGUUCGAAUCGAGUUUGACGCAAUCGUGUUUAUAGGACCGCACUUGGAGUAACAUCAAGCAAGCAUCAGUGUGCAAUAAUAUAUUGAAAAAAAGUUAGUGAUGUAAUAGUGCAAUAGCAUAAGAACAAGUGAUAUUUUCAAGAAAAGAAAUUGGAGUACGCAUUUUGUAUUCCAUCUUUUGAUGUUUACGAUUUAUUGAAUGUUGUAACGAAUAGUGUACAAAUUAAGCCAAAGAAUGUACUGCAUAUUUUGUGAGACGCCGAGGAUUGAAGUGAUUCAAAUUCACAGCUGAAAUGUAUGGUUUUAUGGCCAAAUUACAAAUCAGGACGUGACGUUAACGACGGAUUUAAUUCACGUGCACAUGUAAUUCGAAAUCGCACAUGGAAUUCAAUAAUGUCAACAUAAUAUCAAUUUGAUCGAUCAAUAGAUCAAUAAUGUAUAGUAUAUACAAUAAUGUGUCAGUUUUACUGUGAAGUGAAAAUAUAUAAAUUGCGAAUAUGUUACGAAAAUGUUGAUAGUAUACGCAUUUUAUCUUUUUAUUAAAGUAUGUAUUCAACAAAUUAUGGAAGGUAUGCGGACUCUCUUAUAUUUGCACGUGUGUAUAUAUAUAUUUUUACACAAUAUAUGGACAUUAACUUAAAUAUAAGAGGUCACUACAAAAAUUCAUUCUUUAACUUAUACCUGACACACAUUAUUAAUAACAUAUACAUAUAAUAGACUGAAACUUCUGUAAUAACAUGAAACAGCAAACAAAAGAGAUAAAUCGUAAAUAAUCAUAUUUAAAUCAAUAUGAAGGGGAGAUUACCGUACGUAAAUAUUAUUAUCUCCAAUUCCUUACUCUGUUUAUAAUUUUCUCUUUUGCUUCAUUGCUCACUAAAAGGGAAAAGUAUGAUCUAACCGUGCAUCGAAAGUAUUAAUUUAUUAAAUUUUCAAAAUAACUAUUUUAUUCGAAACAUUUUCUGAUUCUAAUAAUAAAACGAUGUUGAAUAUCUCGCAGCACUUAUCUAGUUAUUGAUGCGCAAGUGUCGUGAAUUCUUUGUUUCAUGUUUUCUUUCAUAGUGGCUGACAACAAUUUUACUUUUUCUUCUAACUAUCCCCAUGAAAAAUAGUUUAAAGAGAUUCGAGAAAGAUGAGAGAUCAAGAAUGAACAACAGCAAAAAUGUCUGUUAUGUAAUCUUCAUUUUGGACAUUUUUCAUUUUUCUUCUCUUUUUACGUUCUAUUUCAGUAUAUUCACAAAGAUGAUUUUCUAAAUGAAAGAAUGUCAUAUACGAUUUUUUCGCACUAUAUCAUUCAUAUUAACUAAAUUUUACAAAAAACGUAGACAGUAAAGAAUUUGCAAUAAUGAUGUUUACGUAUGGUACUUUUUCUUUACAUCAACUUAAAUACGAUUAUCAGGUUAACACCUGUUCUCCGUGAACUGUGCGUAAUUAACAAUACAACAAAGGCCUCACAUUUCUGGAAACUAAUAAUGGUUAUACUUCGCUAAUUAUGUAAUUAACAAAAACAGUUCCAUAUAAGAGUGACUUGAGUGACUUUUUUUCCGUAAAGUUCGAAAAUGGAAAUUUUUGAGGGCUUUCCAUAAGAAAUUUUGAGAGUGCUACAGUAUUUUGAAAUAGAACCAAUUGAUGUAUGGGUUUUAUGCUGUUGGACAGUAAACAUAUUUAUGUUGCCGGCAUUAGUUCCGGGAUCAAAGCGAAUGACGUGCAUUUUUUUGAAAAGUUUUCGACUCGUGCAGUGCACAGCGGUAAAUGUAUUGUAAUGAGAUAAAUCUUUUCUUGUGGAUCAGCAUAAAUAUCACAUGUCACAUUCGCGCAGAUUUGUUUACCAUCAUCCUCAGAUAGUUUCCAUUUUUAUUUCCAUUUCUUACAAGAAUAGAACAGGGUGCACUGCACCACCUGUCCGGCAGAAUUUUAUCAGACUUGACGGCUACUAUUAAAUAACUUUACAGCAUAAUAAUUAGGGAUUAGCGGACAUAUAUUCUCAAAAUACUUCUCCUAAUAUAAAUUUCCUGAGCAAUUUCUGAACAUUUUCCGGUGUUAUUCUGAUUCACCCUGUAUUUGAUUUGUUUUUUCCAGAUGACCAUGCAGGCGACUUAUCAGAAUCCCUUUGAGAAUCCGCAAAGGGAUGACAGUCACGAAGAAGACGCAAUAGUCGUCGAUCUGCCCCAAUAUCAACUGAGUACGCCUAGCCCGCCCAGUCCAAAAAGUGUGAACACACGAAGAACACCGGAACGCAUAAACGAUAACGAGACGUUAACACCACAUCAAAAUCAUCAACAGCAACAGCAGCAGCAACAGUCACCAAUUCCACCGAUAGAUCCUAACGUUAGGAGAUACAGAACUGCUUUUACAAGGGAACAAUUAGCUCGCUUAGAAAGAGAAUUCGUCAAAGAAAAUUACGUUAGUCGGCCAAGGAGAUGCGAGCUUGCUACGCUGCUUAAUCUGCCUGAAUCUACAAUAAAAGUAUGGUUCCAAAACCGACGAAUGAAGGACAAGAGACAGAGAAUGGCCAUGGCGUGGCCAUAUGCGUUAGCGUACGGGGACCCAACGGUAGCGGCGACACUUUUUGCGGCAGCUUCGGCGUUACCGCACGCAUCUUAUUCCGGGCCGAAUCUACCGGCCACGGCCCAUCUUUCACCCUCGGCGACGCCGUACCCGACGGCGGCCGCGGCCGCCGCGUAUUACUCGCGGUACGUGCCGUAUCAGUCCAUGUCACCGGCCGCUGUCACGUUGCACAGGCCGCAUCCGCGUGCUGUACCUUAUCCCGCACUGCCACCGCAUUUGUUGCAAUCUCAACCGUCCUUGGCACCGUUGCACUUCAGCCUGGGCGUGCCAAAUAUCAACAGUCCCGCCUAUCCCCCCGUCAGUCACCCUCCGGCCAGUAGCGUGCCAUAUCGGCCCACGUUGCUGCCGCCGCAGUUCAGCCCAGACAAUUCAGCCAACUCGGAUGGAUCGAGCGAUAAUGAGUACGUCGGAGGCGGCCAACAAGUUUCGCAAUCGCAAGUAAUGCAUCGCGUUCCGCAUCAAAACUCGCAUCGCAUCAGCGUGCCGACACCCGGCACGACGCCACAACCCGUCAACAGUGUUAUGCCCACUAUGCCGAUGUCGAUAUCGAACAUCCUGGAGAGUAAAGCUACGUAUGUACCAACAACCUCAACCUCGAUGAUCGCGCCGUCGAUAUCAACAAUGAAAAUUGAGCAGCCAAAGCUGUUUCAACCGUAUAAAAGCGACGUACCAGAACGGGCAUGUGCGAAAUAAACGUAAUACUAUUGACGAUGUCAAUCAUGAGGAUGCGCAAUGCGUUUAAGACACUUGGAUGUCCGUAAACGCGUCAAGGCGUGUCAACAGUAUGACAUACCGAGAAAAAAGUUUUUAGUGUUUUUUCUAUAAGAAAUUCUGAAAUUUCAUGUUGUUUUAAGUUUCAUUUUCUUGUUCUAAUAGGUUGACACUUAUUUAAUGUUCAUACCGUGGAUUCUAUUAAAUCUUCGAUUAUUUAUUUUAAUUCGUGAUUUCAUACUUGAUUUCACACGAACUUUAUGACUCUUUAUACAUCCAAUUUAUUUUCGAUUAGAUUUAACAUAUUGGGCAUUGGUUCUGCUGAAUUGAAAAGAUGAAUUAAAUUAAAUGUAGAUAUUAAUAUUUUAUGCUAAACAUUAAUUUUAAGAAACUACUUAUGGGGAUGACUUAAUACAUGUACAUAUAUGUAUGUAUAAUCAUGAAAAUAAGUAUAAAAGCUUUCAAUAAUUGAUACCUAGAACUUAAUAUGUGUAAUAUUUUAUGAAGAUGGAAAACUACUACAAAAUUGUGUACUACUAUAAAAUUGUGUGAGAUAUAUUAAAUUAGCUGCAUUAUUGCUCAAUGUUAUUUUAUUGAAUAUAGGUAAAUGUACAAAAACGUUACACGUUUUGUAUCAGAAGUUAAUAUAUCUUAUAUUAAAUUUCUUCUAUUGUAAUAAUUUAUGAAAAAUGUAAAUAUAUUUUUUUUUAUAACAUAAAAAAUCUCUGUUUGUACCUUAAAAAGAUAUAUACAGGAUAUCCCAGACUUUGUGUUAAUCAUCUAUUGAUAACAAAUUCUUGAGAUUAUUUGGAAAACAAUUUAAUAAUAAACGUGUUGAAGUUAUAGUAGUUUAUAAAUGGAAAAAAUUUUAAAUCAAUUAGAGAUAUGCGCUGUACAUUGGAUUAUAUUCUAUAUUUUUCCAACUAUUAUUAUUACAUCGAGAAGAAAGUUCUUAGCACAAUACGUACGUGGAGUAUACAAUUAGUUUGAGUCUUCAUUCUUUUAUUUAAAUUUUAUAUAUUAAUAAUUUUGAAAAUGUAACGUGAUGUGUCAUUGAUAAUCGAUCAUAUUAUAUGAUGUAGAUGUAAUGAUUAUUGAAACCUCAUUCUUUUUUAUCUAAUUUAACUAUUUCAGUGUCACGAAUCUUUACAAUGACUGAAUUUGAGUGUUAAAUUGGAGCAGAAAAGAUCAUCUACUAACCAAAGAUCUGAAACUAUUGCAUGACGACAAAUCUAAUAGUAUUAUAAAAAUAAUAGUUUCUAUUAUAAAAAAAAACAAUUGGAUUUGUGGGAGGUUCUACCUCAGACUUAAAUUCUUCUAUCAUUAUUCUGGUUCUUGCAUACAUAUAUCAUAUUAAUUGAGGACAUUAAGAAAAAAGUACUAAUUAUUUUGUUAUCUCAAAGCUGCCACGCUUCUAUUAAGGUAUCCGUAGGCUAUUCAAUAAAUAGCAUAAAAUAGCAUAAAAUAAUCGAUAACGACAGAGAAUAUUUUGAUAAAUAAUAUUGUAACACAAUAAUGGAAAAUUAAGUAUGUAAGUUCGAUAAGGAAUGCUAAGAUCUUUCUCCCUUAAUACUUUAGAAACCUCUGGGAAAUUACUGAUAAUUACUGAUUUAUCCUGUAUAUAUACUUGUGUACAUGUUGUAUAUACGCGCAUGCAUGCCAUAUAUACGCGUCUCAUAUUAUACAUGUCGCACGUUCGCGCGCGCACACAUACACACACAGCAGAUGCGAUUUAUACUAUCUUGAUUAUAUAACGAAGCGUAUCGCCUGCGUUAUGUAAGGUUUACUGUAUAUAAUAUUUACGUAACUAUUAAUCCGUUUUCUAUAAAAGUGUGUAAUAAUUUGUAAAUUAUUAUGGCAUAAAAGACAUAGUCUUAACUCAGUGAUAAAUAUAUGUAAGCCGUAUAUGAGUGAUAAAACAAUGGAAAAAAGUAAGAUAUGUAUAUACAGAAUACAUAUAUUGUAAAAAAAGAUAUGUAUAUAAGCUAUGCCUGUAAAAUAUGCUAUAUAAUAUAUGUAUAAUAUAGUUACAUGCAUAAACAAAAUCAUUGUUUGUUAUUUUACCUAAUACUG